CGAGGAGGUGGUUGACGCCAUGUCGAGGCUGGAGUUUUCGAGGACGGCGCCCGCGGGUGGGGCGUCGCCCGCGCGAACAGACUCGGACGGGACGACGACAGACUCGGAUACCACGCACGAGGGCGACGAGGACGACGCGCCGCAGAUGCCCCCCCCGGUGGCGCUCCUGUCCAUGCUCGGCGCCGUGCUAGCCGCGAGGGCCGUCGGUUUGGAGGCGAACCCGCGUUUAGAGAGGGGCGCGGCGGCGAUGGCUCGGUACUUUUGCCUGGAGCACACCGCGGCGCGGAUCGGAUGCGCGUCGCCGGCGGGGAUGUUCAAGUACGGGAUGAGGUACCACCCGGGACGCAUAGGCGUGGGCGCGUAUCACGACGGCGGGUUGCUUCGCGGUCUGUUCAACGCCCUCACUGCGGUCAUAGCCGCGCUGUGGCACGUGCGACUGGUGGGAUUCUCCUGCGUCGUGCUCGCGGCGACGGUGAAGACGGCGAUGAAGAUCAUCGGCGACGGGGUGGUGGGCGGCGUGCCCUCGUUGACUGGCGACAUCGCGCUGUCGCCGGCGUUCCUCGCGAGCGUGGCUUCGGCGUCCGUGCCGGCCGUCUUGUACCGCGAGGCCCUUCGGUUUGACGCCGAGGGCAUUGACGAGGGUAACAGCGGCAUCAAGCGGGGUUCCUCCAAGCGGUGGAGCACCGCGCACGCCAAGCACGCGGUGAGGGCGCAGAACCGGGGGGCGAUGAUCUGGCCGUUCGUGGCCAUCGCGUGCGCCGCGGUGCAGCUGCUGAAACUCCGCUCGGACGCGAGCUUGAACACCGCAAAGCUGCUCUUGGUGGCGGCUACCGAGAUUGUCCCUGCGGCGACGCUGCUCGCGUCGCUGCAGUUCCCCGAGUGGAACACGCGGUCCAAGCGCAGAGCGAACUGGCCGGCGUUGUCGGUGACGGUUCACAUCGCGCGAAUGAUCGCGUGCCUCGCUCGCGGGCACACCGCGUACGCCUCCAGGUAUUCGAUGUACCUCGGAUUUUGCGUCGACGUGGUCACCUCGACGCUCUCGGUGGCGAUGUUCCCGAUGUGGCGAACCGCGGAUGCCGUCCAGGCGCAAACCGGGGUGGUGGCGUGCGACUGGAUCGGUCACUACCUCCGCACGGGAACGACGCCGGCGUAUCUGGUGCCCGGCGAUGCUCCGCUGACGCCGGUGGAGAUUUGGUGCCACGUCGUUCGGGAGUGCGUGUGGCGAGUGCUGACGCCGGCUGCGGUGAACGCGCUCGUGAUGCACCGAGUGGUCCAAUCGGGUCGGUCGAAGAGGCGCGCCACGGUGGUGGAGGACGCGCACUCCGAGUGAGUGGAGACCGUCAUUGACUCGAACCGUCCUCACACACGCCACCGCUCCACCCCCGAACGACAACACAUUACAUACUUUGGUUUUGGUUUUGGUUUUGGUUCAACUUUCUGUUCAUCAUCUUGACAAGUUGCAUUUCAACGCGCCAUUCCGGCUGUUAAUAAUAUCAGAGACGU